CAAAUUUAAUUCACCAUUUUUUCUCGAGUUUAUUUUUAUUUAUCCAAUUUCGUACGUGCAAAGUGUUGCGGUUUUAGCAUGGAUAACAAGAAAAGGGCUCCGAAGGAGAAUCCGGCCCAGGGUGCCGGUCUCCUCAGCCAAGCGCUUCUGUGGUAUACGAAGCAGAUAUUCGUCAAGUGCAAUCGUAGCGAAGUGACACUGGACGACAUCUACGAUCCCCUCGAUUCCGACGAAUCGGAGCAUCUCGGAAAUCGUCUCGAACGCGAAUGGAACAAAGAGCUCGAGAGGAGCCGGCGAUCGGAGUACAAGCUGAGCAAGGAGGGCCAGAAAAUCGGGCCCCGUGACAGGCCCAAGCCAAGCCUGUCCCGGGCCCUGCUGCGCAUGUUCGCCUGGCAAAACGCCCGGCUGGCCGUUCUGCAGGUCAUCAAUUUCCUCGGCUUCGUCGUCGCGAUGCCCAUCUUCCAGGGCUACGUCAUCGACUACUUCGAGAUACGCAACUCCACCACCGGCGACGAGGACUUGCGCGACGUCGUCGUUUACGCCGGUCUCAUGAUCCUGGCCAAGCUCGGCAACGUGCUCUUGCUCCACCAUGGCUUCAGGAUCGCCAAUCUCAUGGGGAUGAGGGCUAGGGUCGCCUGUUGCACCCUCAUCUACAGAAAGAGCUUGCGACUGAAAAAAUCGAUACUGGACAAAACGGCCGCGGGCCAGGUCGUCAACUUGAUGAGCAACGACGUCAGUCGUUUCGACAUGCUCUUCCAGUACCUCAACUUUGUCUGGAUAACGCCCAUCCAGAUAGUGAUAAUAAUGUACGUAAUGUGGAACGACAUCGGCAUGAUGCUGCUCGUGGGCAUAGCCAUACUCUUCGUGAUAGCCGUACCGCUGCAGGCGAUCGUCAUUUACACGAGCAAGAUACUCAGGGCUAAAAUAGCCACCCUCACCGACACUAGGGUCCAGCUUAUGAGCGAGCUCGUCUCCGGCAUACAGGUCAUAAAAAUGUACGCGUGGGAGAAGCCGUUCGAGAAGAUAGUCAACAAGACGAGGCAGGACGAGAUGGACAAAAUAACCAAGACCUCGCACGUGCGGAGCUUCUUCUUCAGCUCGAUGGUCUACACCGAGCGCCUGACCGUCUUUGCCACCCUGGUACUCUACGUUAUGGUCGGCAAUCAACUAACCGCCGACAUAUCCUUCGUCCUGGCUACUUAUUUCAAUAUUCUUCAGUUGUCGAUCAUCUACAUGAUGCCCCACGGCAUGAUCGCCCUGGGCGAGGCCUCGGUAUCCAUUAGGCGCAUAGAGGAAUUUCUACUUUUGGACGAGAUCUCGCCGACCAAACAGAUCCAAAUGCUUAAAGUCCCCCAGAGCAAGCAGAUCCACAAUAACGAGGUUAUAUUCACCGGAAAGGUCAAAGAAGCCAUGAACGCCAGUCCCGGUCUCAAUGGCCUACCGGUCGAGAUAACCUUCAACCGAGUCUCGGCCAAUUGGGUGGCGGGUCAGCUUCCCCCGACGCUGAACGAGCUAACCUUAAAAAUCGACGCCGGCAGCUUGUGCGCCCUCGCCGGCAACGUGGGCUCCGGCAAGUCGGCCCUCCUGAAUCUACUGCUCCGCGAGUUGUCCGUGGGCGCGGGCACGGUCACUAUGAAGCAGCAUCAGCUCACCGGUGCGGAGCCGGUCCACAAGCCGGGCUUCCACACCGACAACCCCAGCCUCAGGGUAUCGUACGCGUGCCAGGACGCUUGGCUCUUUGCCGGCACCGUCAGGGACAACAUCCUCUUUGGACAACCGUUCGACGCAGCUAGGUACAACGAGGUGACGGAGGUGUGCGCCCUGCGCCGUGACUUUGAGCAGCUGGCCAAGGGUGACCAGUCGGUGGUGGGCGAGCGGGGUGCCUCGUUGUCGGGUGGCCAGCGGGCUCGGGUGAACUUGGCUCGUGCCGUCUACCGUGAAGCGGAUCUUUAUCUGCUGGACGAUCCUCUGAGCGCGGUGGAUCCCCGGGUGGCUCGGCAUCUCUUUGAGCGCUGCGUUCUCGGGUACCUCAAAGGAAAGACGAGGGUCUUGGUGACCCACCAGCUCCAGUUUUUGAGACAAGCCGACUCGAUUGUGUUCCUCGAGCGCGGAAGCGUCAAGUACCAGGGCUCCUACCACAACAUCACGAACCUCAACCCGAAGGUCAUGGCUCUUUUGGGCAAGCAAAAGUCCUUCAGCGAGAAGAAAAAGGAGGGAGGGACCAAAGAGGCGGCACCCGAGGAGGAUGACAAGUCGCUCGACCUGUCCGACUCCGAAAGCGUGGACGAAGAACCGGCCGAGCAGCGUCCUGACGCCGAGGAAGGCGAGUCGGGCCGUCAAUACGGCAACUUGGAGCUCUUCCUCGCCUACAUACGGGCCGGGGGUUCCUGGUGCAUCCUCGGGUUUUACGUGCUCACUGCACUGCUCACCCAAAUCGCCACGAGCGGCACGGACUUUUGGCUCGGCUACUGGACCAACAUCGAGGACAUACGCAACAACUCGCGCAACUCCAGCGUCGAGAAGAAAUACAUGCAAGAGUACCGCACGGCCAAUUUGUCGGGAAUCGGCGUUUUGGAGGACAUCGACAUCAGAACCGACGAGGCAGGCCUGCUGUCGACGAUCGACGCCAUCAACAUCUACGCCGCCCUGUUGAUCCUCUGCGCGUUCUUCUGCAUCUUUCGGAACUACCUCGCCACGAGGAUAUGCAUGAAGUCGAGCCGGCGACUCCACCAGAUGAUGUUCUCUAACCUACUCCACGCCACCAUGAGCUUUUUCAACAAAAAUCCAUCUGGGCGGAUCCUGAACCGGUUUUCCAAGGACACCGGGGCCAUGGACGAGAUGCUCUCGCGAAACUUCACCGAGACCGUGCAGAUAUUCUCGGUGAUGUUCGGCAUCCUCGUCGUCAUCGUCAUCGUCAACCACUGGAUGAUCCUGCCGAUCCUGGUGAUCGGCACGGUGUUCUGGUUUGCCAAGUCCGUCUACCUCACGACCGCCCAAAAGAUCAAAAGGGUCGAGACGUCCGCCAAGAGCCCGGUAUUCUCCCAUGUGAACGCCACGCUGAACGGCUUGACGACGAUCCGCAGCUGCGGCGAGCAGAUCGCGGGCCGUUUGGUCAAGGAGUUCGACCGGUACCAGGACGAGCACUCGGGCGCGUGUUUUCUGGCCAUAGCGACCUCGAUAGUCUUCAGUAUAUUCCUGGAUCUCCUUUUGGUCGCGUUCGUCGGUGUAGUGGCGUACAGCUUCAUCCUCGCCGACGACGGCAAAACGCCGGGCGGCAACGUCGGCCUCGCCCUGUCCCAGGCCACCAUACUCACGGGCAUGGUGCAGUACGGCUUUCGUAUAUUCGUCGACGCCGUCUCCCAACUUACCUCCGUCGAGCGCAUGCUCCAGUACACGAACCUACCCAAGGAGCACCCGCUCACAUCCCCGACACCGCUGCCCAAGGAGUGGCCCAGGCGCGGCAAACUCGCUCUGAGACACGUCUCCAUGCGCUACGAGGACAACAAGCCCCUCGUCCUCAAGGAUCUGAACUUGACGAUCGAGCCGGGUUGGAAGGUCGGUGUAGUCGGGCGGACCGGGGCGGGCAAGUCCUCGGUCAUAGCGGCGCUGUUUCGGCUGAGCGGCGACAACCUCGAGGGCGAGAUAAAGAUCGAUGGCAUAGACACCGGGCACGUAGGCCUCCAGGAUCUACGGGCCCGCAUAUCCAUCAUACCUCAGGAGCCGGUGCUGUUCACGCAAACGUUGCGCUACAAUCUCGAUCCGUUCGGCGAGCACGGGGACUCGGUGCUGUGGGAGGCGUUGCGCGAGGUCGAGCUCAAUGAGCUGUCGCUGGACCAGAUGGUGGCCGAGAAGGGCAGCAACUUUAGCGUCGGCCAGCGGCAAUUGAUCUGCCUGGCGCGAGCCAUCGUCAGGCAGAACGCGAUACUCGUGCUGGACGAGGCCACCGCCAACAUCGACACUCAUACCGACGCUGUCAUUCAAGGUACCAUUAGAAAGAGAUUCGCCAAAUGCACGGUGUUGACGGUGGCUCAUAGGCUCAACACCAUCAUCGACAGCGAUCGUAUUAUCGUGAUGGACAGUGGUUCUGUGGCGGAAUUCGGCUGCCCGCACGAGCUCUUGACCAAAAACGCCAACGGCCCGUUCUCCCAGAUGGUCAAUCAGACCGGCAAGGUGAUGGCGAAGAAGCUGAAGCAGCUAGCCGAGGAAUCUUGCUUACGCAAUAUGCAACAGCGCAGUCUAGAUAUCGACGUGGACGAGGACGAGCCGGAGGAAGAAUGCUACAGCUCACGCUUGUGAGAACAACGAACAACGUCC